GGCAGUUGAUAUGGAAUUUGCCAAAAACAUGUAUGAGUUGCACAAGAAGGUGUCUCCUAGCGAGAUCAUUCUGGGCUGGUAUGCAACAGGUCAUGACAUCACAGAACACUCUGUCCUGAUCCAUGAGUAUUACAGCCGGGAAGCGCACAAUCCAAUCCACCUCACUGUGGACACGAGUCUCCAGAAUUCACGCAUGAGCAUUAAAGCCUAUGUCAGUGCCCCAAUGGGAGUCCCUGGUAAAACUAUGGGCGUGAUGUUCACACCUCUAACAGUGAAGUAUGUUUAUUAUGAUACAGAGCGGAUAGGAGUGGAUCUUAUCAUGAAGACUUGUUUUAGCCCUAAUCGAGUGAUUGGCUUGUCCAGUGACUUACAGCAGGUGGGGUCAGCAUCAGCCAGGAUUCAGGACACCCUGACCAUGGUGCUGCAGUAUGCAGAAGAUGUAUUGUCUGGCAAAGUGGCUGCUGACAACACUGUUGGGCGUUUCCUCAUGGAUCUUAUUAAUCAGGUGCCAAAGAUUUCACCAGAGGACUUUGAGACAAUGUUAAACAGCAAUAUCAAUGACCUACUGAUGGUAACCUACUUGGCAAACCUCACACAGUCACAGAUUGCUCUCAACGAAAAACUUCUGAGUUUAUAAAGCAACUUCUGCCACCCUGCACUUCAAAAAGCCUGAAGAAUGAGCAGAUACAGUUUUCUAUGGUGGUGUUACAAAUUUCCUUGGACCGUAAUUUCAUUACCUAGAUGACUGUGUUUACAUCUUUAUUUCCAUUGCCCUAAAAAAAUCCCUAACAUAGUUUAGGAAAUGAAUGGGAGCAGCUGCGGUUUAGUUGAGCCCAGUAUUUUAAAAUGAAAUACAUGAAUCUCUUGUCUCCUGGGUUUAUCUACUUGUAUAACAAAAUACAGCUUUAUUCUAAGAAUGUAUUUGAAAUAAAAAUUCCAUUGCAAUGGGAAGAA